AUGGGUGUAGCCUCGUCAUGUGGCUACAACAGCAGAGUGUUACCCUUGUUAGGGCAAGGCAGUUACAGUGUUGGCUGCGCAGAUAUGAUGGUGAAAGAUGGGCCAAAUGGGGAUUCCGGGAUUUUUAUGCGGAUAUUCUACCCGGUCGAUAAUAAAGAUCUCGACGAAAACAUCAAAGACGAAGAAUAUGCGCCGUGGAUUCCAAGGAAAGAAUACCUACAAGGAUUGGCAACUUACAUGAAGACACCCUCGUGGAGGUUACAGUUCGUCUCCGAUUGGCUGAUCGGAGAAAAGAGAAUGCCGGCCCUUAUGGAGCGCCCCCUUUCCGGGAGUAAGCAAGCGAGCACCAGCGUCGCCUCGUCCUAUUCCAUGGACGGCUUUGUUUUUACCGAAGAGCCGGGAUUUAAGAAGAAGUUCCCCACCUCACUCUCCAUGCAGUCCUUCUCCAGCCCCACUUUUCCGGUCGUCGUCUUUUCUCACGGGCUCUCUGGAGCUAGAUUUAUGUACUCAACGUAUUGCGCUUCGUUGGCGAGUUAUGGAUUUGUGGUGGCGGCAGUGGAGCAUAGGGACUACUCGGCCUGCUGGACGUAUAAGCUGAUUCCGGAUAUGCUGGAUGGUAGAUUUAAAGAAAAGGAGCUGCCGAUGAGACAGUUGAAGCCCGGUGAGGAUGAGAUGAAAGUGCGAGUACCACAAUUGCACAAACGGGUCUCCGAAAUGGUGAAGGCUCUGCACGUGCUCGAGGAGCUGAAUUUGGGACUGAUC